ACUGAGCCGCUCUGUUGUCCGUCAGAGGGAGUCGAGUGCUUCUGUUCAACGUGUCUGUUUGGACCGGAACCCUCGAAUUCGUUUCACGCGAUAAGUUUGUGUCUACAGCUGCAUGAGUUUCUCUUCAUUCAUCCUCCUCCUUUAACACUGAGUUGAUGCUUCACUUCUGCGCGGCGCGCUCCGGACUUUCUGGAUUUUACUCUAGAACGCAAACAAACAACAGCACUGAUAAACGCAUCUGAGAUCCACUCGCGUCAAAGGCAAAAUGUUGUGGAAAUUAGCAGAUAACGUGAAGUAUGAAGAUGACUGCGAGCAGGAAAGACAUGAUGUUAGCAGCAAUGGAAACCCCCGUUUACCUCACAUUCCCGCGGUGAGCCAGCACCUCUACAGCCCGCCACCGUCCCUCUCGCACACUGCCAGCUCGGACUUCCAACCGCCGUACUUCCCUCCCCCUUACCAGCCUCUACCGUACACCCAACCUAGUGACCCGUACUCUCAUCUGGGCGACCCGUUUAAUAUCAACUCGAUACACCAGUCUGCAGCAUCUAAUCAGCAACAGUCAUGGCCUGGACGACAAGGUCAAGAGGCCCUCGGGAGCCACGGCCGGGGCGGACUCGGCAGUCCCAUUCUGGGCCUGGAAGGGGGCUCAUCCGGGAUGCGGCGGGACGGUUUUAGAAGACCAGAACUGCUGCCUCCACACGUCCAUGGAAUGGAUUCCAUAGGGGAUAACAUCGGUUUGCACGAUAUAGGCCACGGAUUGGAUGAUGUUCAGCAAGAAGGUGAUCACAGUAUUGUAAUUCCUGACCAUACAGUCAUCAAAAAAGGUCCGGUGUCCCUGCCGAAGGGAAGUCCGUUUGGGAUUCCCUUUCAGAAAGAGCCGCUGCUGGGAAUGGUGUCAAAUCCCACUGAGGUCUUCUGUUCAGUACCUGGUCGACUCUCUCUUCUCAGCUCCACUUCUAAGUACAAAGUAACUGUGGCAGAAGUUCAGAGACGCUUGUCCCCACCAGAGUGUCUAAAUGCUUCCCUGCUCGGAGGAGUAUUACGCAGGGCAAAGUCAAAGAACGGCGGCCGGUCCUUGAGGGAAAAACUGGAUAAAAUUGGGCUGAACUUGCCGGCGGGUCGCAGAAAGGCUGCUAACGUCACCUUACUAACUGCUCUGGUGGAAGGUGAGGCCGUACACCUGGCGAGAGAUUUUGGGUAUGUCUGUGAGACAGAGUUUCCCGCUAAGGCCAUCGCAGAGUACCUCGGCCGGCCACACGUGGAACGCAAUGAGAUCAACUCUCGCAAAACCAUGCUCUUGGCAGCCAAGCAAAUCUGUAAGGAGUUCACCGACUUGCUGACUCAGGACCGCUCUCCUCUGGGAAACUCUAGGCCAGCUCCCAUUCUCGAGCCAGGGAUUCAAAGCUGCCUGACUCACUUCAGCCUCAUCACCCACGGCUUCGGCUCUCCGGCCAUCUGCGCGGCCAUGACCUCGCUGCAAAACUACCUCAACGAGGCGCUCAAGCAGGUGGACAAAAUGUACGUGAGUUCGACCGGAGACUCCUCGCAGGCCUCUUCCGACGGCUCCAACAAAGUCGACAAGAUGGACAAACACAGAAAGUGAGGCCGAGGUCGAACUCGACCGGACCCUUUUGAGCGCAAUAACCGUUUUUUUGUAGCGGAAUUACGUUUUCACCAUCAAAGCUGACUCUACGUCGCCGUCGUCGCCAUAGUUGUCGAUUCUGUUUCCGUUCCGCUUCGUUUUCUCCACGUCAAGAUUAAGCUUAAACUCCAAGCCCUCUUGGUUCACGUCUCGGUCUUCCAGCACUUUCUCCUCCGCAAAGACACAAACACAUUUCAAAACUUAGCCUUAGUCGAGACAGUUCUGUAUCGGGCGACGAUUCAGGCAGUCAUCAGGAAGUUGUCUCUCAGAGGGGAACUGCAAAGAGGAAGUUGUCGAGUUUCCCAAAGACACCAUUUCAAGAGCUGAUGUGGAUUUUAACCGUUUUCUUUCGCUACCGAUCUGGGAGGAGGAAGUUUGGUUUCCCCCUGUCCUCCUCCUUGGUGCUGACCUCCUAAUGGACUUACCAAGGAUGUGAUUAAGUUUAGGACAUUAUAACUUCGCUUGACUUCAUUGGACGCAGUGUUAUUGUUCUUCUCUUUGUGGGAGUGUUGUUGGCAUGAGUGACUGUUGUGUGUGCAUGGAUGUACCAAACUACCCUUCAUCCACCGAUCGACCGGUGGAUGCUUCUAAACGAGCGACGCUCCAGAUGUAAUUGGCCUAAAUUUCCACUGAGAACAAUUAAAAAGACCUUUGAUUGAGUUAACACGAUCAAAUCAAAUAUCAGACGGUCGGGUGUGUGUGUGCAUGUUCACUUUCGUAUCUUUUUGAUGCCUUCACGUCAGACUAGAAGUUAAAUGUUCCAUUUGUCUUUCCCCAAAUGUAAAUAUUUUCUAAUUUAUGUUGUAAUUUAAUGGGAUUUGUAAAUAUUGGUACUAUUAUGGUGUUUGGUUCCACUUUUUAAAAAGAUGUGUUAAGCUUUUAUAAAGGGGUUUGUUUUUUUGUUUUUUAUCAUAUAGUGGUUAGGCUACGGGAUCGAUAUUCUUUAUAGAAACUGUGUAAUAUUGGUUUAAAGCUGUAGGAAUAAAAACUCAACACUCUUGAUUUGCGUUGGCCAAGACUCCCCGUUCAUGACGUCGAGUUGUACACUUCACUACACGCGUGCCCCGCCAGUGAGGCAUGUCGAACACGGCCUAUUCAUGUGUAUAAAGAUUCCUUUUUAAAAUAAACGUCAGCAAUGCUCACAGAAAGAGUAGUGGUCGUCAUUGCACUAAAGCGGGUCAAACGAAGGCCUUCUAAGGAAAUGAGGGAGAGUGGGGUUUCACCAUACUGAACACCUGUCUUAUACCUGGAUUACUCUUCGAAUGUUUGUGUUAGUCAUUUGCUCGAAACAGACAGUUCCCCUCUUUUCAUAACCACGCUUAUCUGGCAAAUUGGCGUGACAGCACAACAGUAAUGUGUGUGAAGUUUCCGCAUGGCUCUUUUCAUAUUUAAAUGCUCUACUGUGAAACACGCAGUGCGGUUUCAGAUGAAACGACGGGACUGGUGAGAAGAGAUAAACAAAGCUGUGAGAGAAUAUUGACCCAAUGCUUUUCCUUUUUAUUUACUAUCCUGCUUUAUUAUUAAUGCACCAUGUGGUCGGUUGCACAACCGUUUAUUCAUAGCCUUUUGUUUGUAAAGUUAGCACUCUGCUUAAACCUCAAGAUUCGAACGGCUGAUACGCCGGUCCGCAGAUGCAACUAUCUCGCCUCUUUAUCAAAACUAUCCCCUAUCUUGUCUCGUUCUCACAGCAAACGCUCCCAACUUCUCGUACGUGGUGAAAUCGCAGGUGUGUGUGUGUGUGUGAGCAAGUGUGCGUGUUUGUCUCCGUUGAGUGCCUGACUCAUGCAACUGAACUGACAGUAGAGCAAGUGUGAGCUUCUCCCUCAGAACCUGUCGGACCAGAUGUGUGGCUUUGCCGCGCGCCCACAGUUGGCUGUAACCGCCUGCACUUACUCGGAUUCUUUUCCUGCACAAGGCUGUAAGUUGAGACUCGGCAACUUUGAUGGACUUGCUUUGAUGGUCGGCUGUAGGUGUUGGUGGCAGAACUUCCUCUUGUACCUGAAAGGUGUUGAUCGGUGUGAAAUGCGGACGCAGAAAGACACACACCCACAUCAACACGCACCCUGAACGUCCCAUGAUGAUAAGCGUACACGGAAGUCCCUGCAUCUCCUUAAGAAGCUUUGUUCUGAGGAUGCAUCCUGCUUGUUUACACUGGCUGCGGGCCAACUCUGAAAAUGGCAACUGACAUAAUUAAAAACAUACGGAGACAAACAUGAGGCCCAGACUCUGAUACAGCUCUGUUUAAUAAUUACACUAUUUGGCUUCAUGUGAAAUCUUAAGCUGAUUUUGACAUUUUGUCCAAUGCCAAAUUUGCCACAACAAUCCUAGGGUGUUCUAGGUGCUUGCAAUACCAUUGCCUACUGGGAGGAGUCAAAAAUCCCUUUGAGAAGUUUAUUAGUUCAGGUUAAGAGCUUGUUCAAAUCUCUAACCACUAAUCAUCCCAAAAUUUUUUUUUUUUUUUUUUUUUUUAAAUCAUUUACUCACCUUUGUGUUGUUUCAAACUUGUUUAAAUUUCUUCUGUGGGAAAAACGAAUCCGAUUUGUUUCCAUACAUUGAAAGUCAAUGAGGUCCAAUGUUGUUUGGACAUCAUUGCAUGAGCAAAAACAGUUGAAAUAUUCUUCAGAAUAUCUUAUUUUGUGUUUCACACAAGAAAUUAGAUAAUUCAGGGUUUAGUUUUAAUAUUAAAUUUACAUAAACACAUAAGUCUACAUUUAGUUAGAUAAUAAGUUAGUCUUUUAACCUUAAUUUUUCAUUUUAUUUAUCAAAUCAAUACCUGAAUAAAACGGCUUUUAUGCAUGAAAUUUAAUUAGCCGAGCAGCCGCAGGCAUUGGGCCUCUCUAGGAAGCCAUGUUGCUAUGCUAUUGCUAUGAUUUCCGGUUUUGCAUAAAUUACUGUUAAUAUAUGCAAAUGUCCUUAUUAAGAUGUGCAAAGCUCAUUAGAUCAAGGCCAAAUCUAGGUUUCUUGCAACACGUGAUUGGAUGACCUAUGCUAACACUAUUCUGGAUGACUACAAACCGCAGAGCUUUUUAUAUGCACCUAAAGAAAACAAAUCUGUUGUCAAACUAAAGCUCAAGCACAUAGAUGUUGACUUGCUAAUGCUACAUUUGUUGUCUGUGCUUGAAUAAACUCGUAGCAUUGUAUUU